AAAAAAUGAUAACAGGCCUCUUGGGGAGUUUUACUUUCUUGUUGACUCAAAGUUUCUCCAAAAGGGUAGACCUCAUCUCUGAUUUAUGAUGUUCCCUUCCUUCUUGUUCCACAGGCUUUUGAGCCUCUCUUUCAAGAGUCACCCUUUGAAGAGAACUUGUCACCCAGGCACCGACUUCCUGAGACUUGGAGCAAAAGAAAAUCACCUGAAUUGGUAGCAGGAGACUUCAAGUUCUUACUGGCUGACAUGGAGUAAAGAAUGGUAUGAUGUGGUAUCAGUGAAGGAGCAGUAGACCGGAAUUAAAAGACCUGGGUUUGGACAAGAGCUCUACGUAUCUACUAACUGUUUGAGGCUGGGUUUUUGAAACCUCAACUUCCUUUAGCACUUCUUACCACAUGAGGUUGUUCUAAGGAAUGCAUUUUGGAAACCUGAAAGCUCUCUACAAAUGUUAAGUUUUAAAGCUCUAUCUAUAUGCAUGCUAAUGUUAUCCUUAUUAAUUGAGGUUGGGGAGCUAAAUCUAAUCCAUGCUUGAGGAAAUUGAGUAGACUAAAGGCAGAGAGACCACAACAGAAUUGCAGUCAUGGAUCCCCAGCUGGCAAGCAGUCCUGAGAAAGGACUCUGUCCCAUCUGCCAAGAGCAUCUGAGGGAGCCAGUGACUACUGACUGCGGGCACUUCUUCUGCCAAGCUUGCCUCAUCCAACAAGCUAAAAAGGCCUCAGACGGGGACAUCCUGAACUGCUCUGUUUGCCGGAAGCCCUGGUCUCCGAGCAUUCUAGGGGCAGGCUACUCCUGUGAGGACCACCAAAAAUUAGUGGGCUGGUUCUGUGAAGAAAAACAACUCUUCCUGUGUUCUUACUGCCGCACUUCUCCUGAACACCGAACGCACCACGACCUGCCCGUUGAUACAGCCAUCAUCCACUAUAAGGAACGGAUCCACCGAAAAGUGAGAAAGCUCCGGAAGUUCUUAGGGGAACCUUGGCACCUUCCUGAGGAAAAGCAAAAACUCCACACCCUGCUGAAACAGAUAGACUCAGAAAAGGACAGGCUGAAGGCUAUAUUGGAGAAAGAACAAACCGAGGGACAGUUGGGCUCUCCCCUUCAGCAGUGGCUGGACAGGCUGAACAGUGUCUCAGCAGAGGUGAAAGAACUCCAUGACAAAAUCUCUGAGGCAGAAACUCAUCUGAAUGACCUGAUCACUGAACUGGAGGAGGCAUCUAAGGCUCUGAACAUCACCUUGCUAAAGAGUGUCAGAGAUUUAUUGAGCAGGAGUAUUCCGGAAAAACUACGAUACCCAAAGACUAACUCUUCUGUGUUAGAGCAGAAAGUAGGAAAGCUGCUUCAGCAGACAUCCUCAGUGCAAGCACCCUGCCUGUCUGUGAACACCCCUACCUCAGAAUUGUGUGGCUCUCCUCUCUCUCCUCCACCCUCCCCCUCCAACCAACUUCCAGACUGGACUGAUUCUUCCUUGGCACUAGCUCCUGGGCCUGCCCCUACUUCCCUCCCUGAUUCCUGACCCACUUACAUUUGGCCUAUGGCAAUAAGUUCCUCCUUAGACUCCUUUCUCCUUACCCUGUGGCUCCCACUUACAGAGACCAAGAUUGCACAAAUCUUCAGGGUGAUCUUAACUAUCUCUCCUGCUACUGAGAAAAUAGUGACUACCAGUUAGUAGUUACCAGAUUACCAGUUACCCGCCCUACCACCCACCAGCCUGAAAAUGGGGAGGUCCUGGCUGCUUAAUGACAUACGCAGCAGACAUUAGUGGCAUUUAAUGUAGAGAAAGGAGCACUGAAUUUGUGGUUGGGGGCCUUAGUUAUAGCAGGGAUGAUCAUGGAAACCCUUGAUUGAUUUAGUUGAUCUCCCCCUGGUCCUACCAAAUAAAAUUAUGACUACAGAGCCUUUUUAGUUAGACAGAAGCACCCCGCCCUCUACCAUCUCUCACAACAUGCAUACUUGGCACCUUUCUGGAAAGACAUGGUAAAUUCCUUAUUGGUUCUCAGUGGCUGGAAAUUGCUCCUGAGGAUUGACUCGGGGCAUAGAUAUAUGUGGGAAGAGCCCCUCUCUGUUUGUGACCUGUGAAGGAUGCAAGGAAAAAUUGCUCCAAUUCAUCCUUAAGAAACUCUUUUCUAGCUCUUUCUCUGCCUUCCAGAAAGGGAGAAAGGGAUUUCUCUUCUCUGCUUGAAUUGGCCUUGGCAUCUUUCCCCAUAAAUACGUGACAGCGACUAGUGACCCCCAAAGGGAGACAUUUCCAGCCUUGAUGGUUACCUUGUGAAUUACGAGCUGUUGAUUCAUGCAUCAGAUAAUCAGAGAGUCUCUACCAGUUCAUUGUUCAGGGAAGAGUAUCAUUUCCAGGAUGAUCCUGCACCUGAAGGACUAUCAAAAAUCAUGCCUGACCUGGCCAGAAAUCUGAACCUUGACAACCCUCCAUAAAAAUUGUUAUAAGUUUCUAGGACAGUGCAGGCUUGUGAUUAAUGUGAAAUAUCUGUUCAGCAAUCCCACAAAGGUCUUUCCUUUUCAGGAGUAGUAUAUGAAUACAAUGGACUAUUUGUUAUGUCUCAGGUUGUUCGGUAUUUUUGUAUUUGUUUAUGUGUGCCUGUGAGUUCUUUGCAUUUCAGUUAGCUUCGGUGGUAGAGGAAAUAAACCAUUGUCCUAUACCUGAUACCUGUACUGCACCUUAUACAUGUUUUUGAAAUUUCUCUGGGGUUUUAUUCUCUAUGAGAUUCAGCUUUCUCAUUUAUGAAUGGAGAUUUUUACCUUAUUUAGCUCAUAGAAUUGUGAAGAUUCGAUGAGAAGAUAUAUGUGUAAAGCUCUGUAAAUUACUAUGCAAAUAUAA